AUGAGCGGCCGGACGGGGUCGGUGGUCCAGCCUCCUGAGACGCAGAACGUAUUCCUCUGCCUGUCUAUCUUCGUGGGCUUGCUCUGGAUUAUCAACUCGUCCCGACGAUGCUGGGCCGUGGUGCAGCUGCGGCGGGCGCUGGGCUCGAGGAGGCUCGUGGCAAUCAGGGGGGCCGGGAGAAGGGUGCGCAUUUUCCGACUGCUGGGGAGAAACUACCUGCAGCGCGCGCUGGGUCGCAACCAUUUGCAGGCCCUGGUGCACACAAGACAAGCGUACCCGCCGAAGACCAUGCCUUGCUCGCUGCUCGUUGCGAGCGAUCCCGACGGCGUGAAGGCCAUCCUCCACCCCCGCGACAGCGGCGACGAUAUCCAGGUGGAUCCCCCCCCUCCCCGACCGUCCUCUUCUUCGAGGCCCGCCGCCGCGGCAGCAGCGGGCGCUUUGGGGGCGAGGGCGGAGGCGGGGCCGCUGGUGGGAGUGUCGGUUGUGCUGGACUGCAGGGUCGCGUGCACGGUGGAGCUCCUGUGGGACGUUGACCUGACGUUGCUUGGUCGGGAGAUGGGCCUCCAUCCGAAGCUGCACCUUCUGCCAGCCUCGACAGGAGCAGGCGGGAGCCGAGGCGGCGCAAACGGCAGCAGCAGCAGCAGCAGCAGCAGCAGCAGCCGGACCGCCGCCGGGGCCGCUGCCGCUUCUAGCUCGCCGGCCGACCGCUUCGACGGCGGCGGCGGCGGCGGCAACAACGCUCGGCAGGACGGCGGCGGCAGCGUGUCCAGCUUGUCCUCCCUCCCAGGAAACGCUUGGGCGUCGGCGGUGUCCGCGUCCAGGAGGCUGUUCCGCGCGGGCAGGGAGAGGUGGGGCAGUCGUGUCGCCGGCGCUCCUCCGGAUUCGUCAUCACGGCCCUUGGGUUCUAGGGGGCCAGGCCGAGGAGGCGGGGGCAGCGGCGGCGGCGGCGGCGGGGGUUUCGGCGAUGGGAGUGGGUAUCCCUCCAACGAUGUCGACGAGGAAAUGGGCGGGCGAGGAGUAGGGGGAGCGUUGGGAGGAGGGGGUGCCGCAGAGGCGACCGCAGCCGGAGGAAGAAGAAGACAAGGCGGCGGCGGCGGGGCAGACGACAACCUAGGAGCGACGGCGGCUGAGGCGGUGUUAGCCUCUUUGGACGGCCAGGGGGCAAGGCGAGCAGGUACCGGCAACGGCGGCAGCGGCGGGGCAGGCCGUUCGUGGGCGGCCUCUCUCGGCCUCCGAAAAUCCUCCGUCUUCAACGCCGGAGGAGGGGACGGUAGCGACGCGGCGGGAGCGGGUGGGACAGUCGGACAAGCCCUGGGCUUCGGCGGCAGCAGCGGCGGGAGGGGGCGAGGGACGGGAGGUCCGGGGGUGGGGAUGAUCGGUCUGUGCGGGAAGCGGACCGUUCCGAGAGCGCUGUCCGCCGGGGGCGGCCGAGUCUUCACGACCCUGCCGGGGGAGAGCUACUUCCGUGGACGGCAACAGAGCGGCGAGUGGAACGCCGGCGCGACGGCAACGUCGGCAGCGGGCGCGGCGAAAACCGGUGGUGGUCGAGGAGGCGGUGUCGAUGGCCGGGCGACCUCGGCGGUGUCGGCGUUCGUGGGUGGCGCCGCCGGUGGCGGUGGGGCGGGCGAGAGGAGGCCGGCGGCCGGGGGGCGGGACUGGCCCAGGGUUGGGGACUCCGUGCGCGCAGGGAGGUGUUCCCUGGCGAUCGUGAUCAGGCCCGCGGCCGGAGGGGAAACGGGAGACUGGGCGGGGUGGCGACAUCGGCCGACUCACCGAGUCACGCGCCAGGUCUUGCUGGUUCAACUGACGGAGAGGAGCGCCGGGGCAGACGGGGCACCGUCCCAGCAGGCGCCGUCGGCGCGGUGUUUGAGACACCUGGUGGCGAUGUCGAAGGGGGGCGACGGGGACCCGGAAUCGAUCUACUCCUUUGCCGAGGUGUUCGGCGCUAGCGACGAGGCGGGGGGGGCGGCGAGACCAGGGUUGGCCUCCAAUAUUGGCUCCAUCCAAGCAACGGCUUCUCGAGGGGCCGGGGCCGGGGGCCUAGGAGCGGGGGAAGAAGUGCCCGAGGAGUGCGUGAUCUGCCUCACGGACCCCAAGAACACGUUGCUGCUGCCGUGCAGGCACCUCUGCGUGUGCACCGAGUGCUUCCGGCAUGUCGACAAGUGUCCCGUCUGUCGGUCGGCGUUCGACAACUACAUCGUUCUCUCCGCACCGUCACAACAGCCGCAGGCGGCGGCGGCGGCGGCAGCGGGCGCUGCUGCGGCUGCACCAGGUUCGGUAGCGGUAGCUCUUGCGAGCGGCGGCGGCGGCGGCGGCGAGGCGGCGGCCGCAGGCACAAGCGGUACCGGCGGCGCUGGCGCCUCGCCCGCGUUCGGCAGGACGGCCGCGAUAGUCCCGCUGGCGCUACCAACGGGCGAGGGCAAUCCGGCGGCGGGGUCCUCCACCCCUCCUGCCUUCAUGCCGACAGGUGUAGCCUCGAUGAUACCGUCGGCUUCGUCGCGUGGGGCGGGAGGAAGGAGGGAGAGGGAAGGAGGAGGAGGAGGAGGAGGAGGAGGAGGAGGAGGAGGAGGAGGAGGAGGAGGACGGCAGUCUUCUUCUUCCUCACCUGCUGCCGCUGCCGCUGCCGCUGCCGGGGGAAGCGGCGCCGUGCCGGCUCGGCGAACGAUCUUCGCGGUCUCUCGGCGGCGCGUCCGGGAGGGAUGACGAUUUCCCGCCGUGGUGGGUCUGCUGCUGCUGCCCCGCGAGGACGACAAAGCUUGCCAGGGUGCAUAGUUGAAGAGCAUUCCAAGCACCCCUCGCUAUGGGGUUCGCGUGAAGGGUACAACGCGUAUAUUUUAUUGAUCCUUCUGGACGCAUGUAUUGAUCUGUUGUAUCUUGUUCGUUCGGGGUGUAAACCGUUUUUUACUCUCAGCGCCCCGGUGGGGGUGGGGGAAGUAACGCAGAGAGCCCUGCGACAAGUCCGUUCCUUGUUAAUUUAAAUGUCUGCGCCUGUGCGAUAAGUAGCGUCCUUUCACGAAGACAGGCACGAGUGGUAUCACCCGUCACAAUCUGUGUGACGUUUCUGCUUGGGUGCAUACGCACGAGAUCUGUCGGGGAAUUUGGUAAGAGGGUCCGAGUUUGGUUCGUCACGUAGAAACAAACACAACCAGCCGACAACGACCACGUUGGUUGUGUUGGGCUUCGUCCCAGACACGUGCGUACCGGAGUGAGUGUUAGGCAUGCGUUUCGUAUAGUGGGUACCCGGGUGUACGCUGACAUCCUGUAGUUAAUGCGGUUCACGAUAUAUUCAUAUUUAGGGGUGAUUUUGCUUUGAAGCAUAAGUAUUGCAGGUUUCCGU